UUACGAAACAAACAAACUCGUUUCUGGUUUACUGCAGCUGGCGCCUCACACGCAUCUCGUGUUGGAUGAGACACAUAUGCAACAAGGACAGUUAAACAGUCAAGGGGUUUUAGCUAUGCAAAAUAUCGUACAUCUUGUUAAAAAUCAAGAGAUCCAAUGUGAUUUUCAAUAUUAUAACAUGAAAUAUUUGGCAGAUGUGCCAGUUCUAGUGUUUAGCGAAGGCAAGACCAUGAUUCCAAUGCAUUUUAGAAUUCCAAUUAACACCGAUGACAACACCACAGAAAUAAUUAUGGAAACUUUAAAAGCUGCACAUCAUUAUUUGCAACCUGAUCGGCUAGAUCAAUUUAGACGUUUCAUCACGGAAGCAAAACUCUGUGAAUUUUCUAUGGAUCCGGAGAAUAUGGAAAUGAUACAGACAGAUUAUGUACAAAUGCGUAAAGACAAAAUUAUCAAUAGCAGCGAUGAAUUACAUUCCUUGCUCACAUUGUCACGCUUGCUAGCAAUAGCAAGAGGGAAAAAAGUGCUCGAUAAGGAAUCUUGGGAAUUGGCAAAGGAAAUGGAACAUAAACGGAGAGAGCGUAUAAAGGAAUUACCCAAAUUCAAACCUAAAGUUUAAGUACAAAAUGUUUUAAAUGUUAUU